GGGUCCGUGAUUGCCUUGAGAUAGUGUUGCAUGCUUCUAGGGUGCGGAUCUAUUCCAAGACCUGGGCUAGAAGCGAAGCAUCGUCAUGGCUGUUGUGCAGAAGUCUGGUGGAUUUUUCUUUGUGGAUUAUGCGAGUGGUAGCGACAGUGUUUGCGACAGUGUCUUUGAAGACGAUCGUGGUGAUGACGUUGAUGAUGAUGACGAAGAGGAGGUGUGUUCAGCAGGCCUCGGACAGGGAGGGUUCUUCAUCAAGAACGGCAAGUACUACUGUGCCGCAGACUACCAGGACAACUACGGCACCAAGUGCAAGGCUUGCGGACAGUACCUUGAAGGAGAGGUGGUGACGGCCCUUGGCAACACCUACCACAAGUAUUGCUUCGUCUGUGCAAGAUGCGGGCACUCCUUCGUAGGGGGCGAGGACGUCUCCUAUGACCCGGUCACCAACUGCUGUCUCUGUCUCCAGUGCCAGCGCAUCACAGAGGCUACAGGGGUUGCCCUACCCCCGGGAGAGAAGGUCACGUACGACGGAAAGGAUGUCAUGUGCGACGCCUGCAACGUGCCAGGAUCGUCGAACGACAAACGGAACAGGGACGUACAGAUCAAGGCUAACGGAAUCAUCCCGGAGAAAGCCAGAGAAACGUCAUCUGCCCCGGGAGCUAUCAGAUGUGCGCAGUGCAACGAUGACAUCACACAAGGGCAGGCCUUGGUAGCCCUGGAUAAACACUGGCACGUCUGGUGUUUCAAGUGUCACAAAUGCAAAAAGGUCUUAACGGGAGAGUACAUGGGAAGAGACGGACAGCCAUUUUGUGAGCGAGAUUUCCACCAGUUGUUCGGAGUCCGGUGUUCGAGAUGUGACAAUUUUAUCACCGGAAAAGUUCUAGAGGCCGGAGACCACAAAUACCACCCGACCUGUGCAAAGUGUGGUCGGUGUGGCAACCACUUCAACGAAGGAGAAGAUAUGUUUGUACAAGGCACAGAAAUUUGGCAUCCUGAUUGCAGGAAAGGAAGGGCAUUAGGUUUCUUCCCAUCGAGAAUCAGGGAGAACGCUAUCUUAUUUGAUUACAAUAGAGGAAAAUCACAGUCCACCCCGGCCUCCCCCGUCCUGGCGAGGGGGCACUUCCACACCCCUUCCUUCCUCUCCUCCCCGUCCCGCCGAUCCUCCAACAGCCUUAGUCCACAGAGCCCAGAUUACAGCUACACCUAUCUGUCCCCCUUCUCUAUCUCCAACACCAUCUAUCCCAAGCCGGUCGCGAUCAGCCCAGAGGCACCAGUCAGCCCACAUUUCCACAGACCAGAAUAUGUAAACAAUGGUGAAGAUUUUUCGUACAUGUCGCCUCCGCGAUAUGACCUUCCCCCACCACGCCCUGGGGGCUACAAGAGAAGACCGCGCCCACACAGUGCGUUCGAUGCCCUCAAACCAAAGAUCAAGCCAGUGAAGGACGAGGCCUUGUCGGCUGAAAUGGUCAGGCAGUCGAAGUUUCCGGCUGCAAAGAAGCCCAGCGCGAGCCAACCAGCUAAGAUUGAGAGUGAGAUCUGGCCCGGACCGCCAGCCUUCGCUAAAUACCAGUUCCACUCCAGCAGGAGUAAGUCAAUGGGAGACCUACAUAACAGUGAUGAGGAGGAGGAAAAACAAAUCGAUGCUGAGGUAUCAAAGGUAGAUUCAGCGCUGGGCAAAGAGAUCUUAAAGGCUGAACUCAAGCAGAGAAAGAUCAGUAAUCUAGACCCCAGGAGUGCCUCAAGAACACCGGCAGCUAACAAAGAACUCCCCGUCAGCCCAAGGCAUGAAUCCUCAAUGGAUGCAGUGGCUUUGAGGCAUCGAAGAUUUAGAGAAAACAUGAUGACACCACCAAGGAGCUCCACCCUUCCACCAAACCUGAGAUACGAAAGCCUGAGUGAAGCAUACAGGAAAGCCAGCUCUCUACCCAUGAACGCCAGGAGUGGAUCAUGGUACAGUGAUGCCAACUCGGAGGGCUACAUAUCCAACGGCUAUGCAAGCAGCGGGGAGCUCUCGCCCAGACUGGCCAACAUGAAUGACCGUCAGCUGCGGACGUUGAGGAUCACCACCGGUCAGUCCAUGCCGUCCAUGGAGCCUAAGGUACCUAAAUCAUCUACUAAGGCCGUAAGGAUCGCUGCCCCCAAAUAUAAGUCCACCCCUAAGGGUAGGCCUGGGCCUGUAGGCCGAAGGUCCAAAGUUCAACUGUAUCCCCUUGAAGUCCUACGAACCACCAACUACAGACUGCCGAAAGACGUGGACAGAAAACAUUUAGAGUACCACUUGUCGAAUGAAGAUUUCUUCCGAGCCUUUGGGAUGACUUUUGAAGAUUUCCAUGCCUUGUCUCCUUGGAAACGGACAGUCGUCAAGAAGAAUGCCUUGCUCUUCUGAUCAUCCGUUACCUAGGUAUAUCCACCAGACUAGAUGUUAGAGUACUUCAUCACCAAGGAGAAGACAUCCCCUAACAAACAAAAAACCCCACCAUCUAAGAUGCUAUAACACGAUUUGGGGAUGGGAAAGAGAUGUUUCGUGGCUGAAUUGAGCAGAGAAAAAGAAAAAUAGAAAAAAAAACACCAUUGAAGAUCAUUUUGAAGGGAAUCUUUGUCAAAGAAAGAAAAACUGCUUUUAUUGGACUGGGCAAGGUGCAACAUUUGAGACAUUGUUUGGAAAAUGAUGUAAAUUAUUUAUUGUUUUUGUUCCCAUGGUAAUAGUAAUAAUAUCUGUUAUGCAUGCAUUGUGGCAGAGUUGAGAUUGAAUUCUUUAAAAAAAAAUCUUAGUUGACAAGAAAAGGUAAAAAUUCAGAGGAAGGAAAAUUUUGAUUAAGAACAAAAAAAAAGGUAAUAUUGAGUCAUGACAAAAAGAUGAUGUAUACAUUAUGAAUACACUGUAUAAUAUGUAGUGUAUAAGCAAAACAAAAAAAUUGGGGUCCAUUGAAAUGUAUACGAUGAUAAAUUGAAACAGAAAAUAGUAUUUCACAGUGGAGCAUUGUAAAAGCUUCUCAAGAAUCAUCUAAAACACUUCAGAUAUUUUACUUUGCAUUAAAGUAAAGCAAUCGGUAGUCAUUUGGUUUAAACAAGUUGUGCAGCUUUCGCUGUUGAAGCAUGUGUUAUCAAAAUAAAAUGACAAGCUUCAUGUCCUCUUGAUCAUGUGAAACCUAGAAAGCAUCUUAUGUUUCAGAUGAUGAUGCAGAGGAAGAAAUAACAUAAAAAUAUUAUAUAAUAUUUGUAUAUAGAGAUGUGAUAUUGACACGUAGGUAAUAAAGGUCACUUCAAUAGCUUGCUUUUGUGAAGAGCAGGAUGUUUGUAUGUAUAAAUAUAUUAAUAAACCAUUGGAAUGGUCCAAAAGACUGGGGACGAGUCUAACUGUGGAUCGAGUGUCACUGCCUUAGAUGGACGAAAGAUAAGUCUGCCAGCGCCACAGGCAGAAAAUGCAAUGUAAAAAGUCAUGGGCAUUCUGGGCUUGUGGUAACGAGAGGGUUAAAUUUCUAUUCUCUCAGUGCAUCCUAUAGAAUCAUGUAAUGUGUAAUCUAUGAACGGCUAUCCUGCAAUGUCAGAGAAGCCAUCAUUUAUCUGCGUUAUCUUUUCACGUGUGUAGUUCAACUCAUUUUCAGUUUCUUUAUGGAUGUAGUGGUAGCAUUUUGAAACUUGCUUGGUUCCUGAAAUACCCCCUGUGUCUAAAAAAAAGAAAUUAUGAAAAAUAAAGCAUUUUUGGAUGUAAAAAAUACAUAAGGAUGUAAAAACAAUUGCUUGUUAUGCAGUGCUGAACACAUUACGAUAUUAUAACUAUUAUAUGUAGAUGUUGCUGCGAAUUGGACACUCCACUUUCUGUUUUGCUACCAAUUUGAAUAUCAUGUUCCAGCACCUAGGUAAUGUUUAAUUGCUACCAGAAGUAUUUUGGAAAAGAGUUUGGAAUAAAGCUGUAAGGUAUUUGAUAUUUAAUAAAUAAAUAUGUUUGAAGUAACAUAUACUAAUGAAAUUGUCAAGUUCUUCAUACCAUUUUUGGGAGUAGUGAUUAUUUUGAGGGUUUAUACAAUGUGUUAAUUUAUUAAUAGGAGCUUUUGUUAACACCAUGCAUUUAUUAUUAAUAUAAACUCCAAGGCCUAAAAAUAAUUAUUAAUGAUUAAAAGAGCUCAUUUUAUAGAUGUUUUGAUCAUUUCGUAUAUUUUUGAUGUGUAUUAUAAGAGAGAUUAAAUCUGUUUGGAAAAAGCACUUUUGUUCCUUAACUGGUUAAAUUAAGAUAUUCUUUUUUAAUUAUCAACCUUGAGAGAGAGAGAAGAAUCUAUUGAUCGACCAACAAAAUUCUUUGAUGACCUUUUUAUGUAGUGAUAUGCCAGAAGUAAUUUUAUUGGACCUUUUCAAAAAGUUGUCCUCAAAUGUAUGAAAAUGAAACGUGGAUAGAAAGUUCUGAUCUUACGUGAAGAAAAAAAUUAUGAUGAAAUUUCAUCCACAUGCUUCUGUGGCUUACUUAUAUGUAUAAAGUGUAGAAAUGUUUUAUUCGUUGACCAGAGCUCUUAUUUUAUUCAUGUAUUCUUUUGCUUGAUUUAUCCAUUGCUUUAACGUUCCCAUGUAUUCUAUUAAUUUAUGUCUGUUGUAAAGCAAAUCUAUAUUGUGUAUAAACUGAAAUACUGUUUUAUUUAAUGCAUGGCUUUAUUAUGCGUUACAUACAGAGAACAUUAGCAGCUUUUUUCUCUUAAGGCCAUCGUCACGGUGUUGUGGAGAGAAGUGGCCAAAUGGUAGAUUUUAUGAGUAUUUUGAUUGUUUUAAUCUUUUACCAUCACUAUAGAUUGCUGUAGUUAAAGACAAAACUAUUACAUCGAAACACACUUUUGACAAACUCAUUCAAAACAACAACCAAAUAAAUAGACAUAAAACAUGUUGGCUUUGGAAUUUCCUUAUCUGUUUAAAAAACAAAUGUAUAAAUCUGGAAUGUAAAGUGUAUCGUCUCUUGUGUGAACCCAUUUGUUAUUACACUAGGAAUAGUUAAAGGUAACAUUUAACAUUUCAGUUUUAAAUGAGAAAAUAUUGGUAAAAAAUUUGUUUUGGCUUUCAUGAUAACCGAGAAGAAAAAAAAUAAUUAAAGAAGAUAUUUAUCUAAAAAAAGAAAAAUUUGAAUUAUACUAAUUUGUUUCAAUCAAAGCAAACUUUUCAAAGAUAUUUGCUCACAACAAUGAUUUUGAAGUAGAUUGAUGCAUGACUGGUACCUUUAAUGAUUUUCUGUUGUCAAUUUGAGAGGUAAACAUGUGUUCAUAGUUUUCAAGGAUUUAUAAAAGGCACUACCGUUCUGUAAUGCCAUCAAGAUUCAGAAUUACAGGCCUGAUUUAGGGGAGCUGUGAUUUUUUGGGGAGUAAUACUUGAAUAUAUUUGAGCCUUUAUGUGCUUGUUAUUCCUAUAAUUUCAGGGGUUUGUUUAUUUGCUUCUAUAUAUUUAACAGAAUCCUAUGCCCCACUGAGAGUCCAAUGCUUGUAUGCUGUAUUGUUUAUAUGUGUUAUAAUCCAUAUAGGUGUAUACUAAUUUAAUUUCUAAAACUGUCGUCAUAUAUUGGAGAAACACUCUGCAAAACACCCCUUUUGGAUGAUGUAUAAUGGCAAAUUAUUUUAAAAUUGCAACUCAUUUAUUGAAGAAUGCUUGGACUAAUCUGAGGGUUCAUAAAAUGUUAAACUUUGCAAUUUAAACAUAGAAAUGCACAGCAAAUAUA